AGUUGCUUUCACUGUAAAGGUGCUGCUUAAAUCUGUCUGCUUCUACCACAACCUCACAUUAGAUUGGGAUCUUCUUACCACUUUUUUGCAGGAAACAGAAAGUGUUUUUGUAUUUCCUGAAACAGAGUAAAAGAUUUCGAGCUUAGUCCCUCAAGUCUAACACAGUUAAUAAUGUUUUGUUACUGCACUGCCAUCCUGCUCCUUAUUUUUCAAAAAUGUGUCUUCUGUUACAAACCAUGUGGAGAGGUGAAAAAUGUUUCUGCUGUUGAGGGGGAGAACGUGAUCCUACAAGUGGAUGAAGAAAUGAUUACAGAAAUUUCCUGGGUUUUUGGUAACAAACAUAUAGCAACUACUCAACCAAACAAAACUAUCGAUAUAAAAAGUUGGGAUUACAGAUCAAAGCUUUACACUGAGGGAAACGUCUCACUGGGAAUCGUAAAAAUAAACACGGAACAAAGCGGAACAUUCGUGGCCAGUAUUUUUAAGGAAAAAGGUGAAUGUAGUCAAGAAUAUCAUCUCACUGUGUACAGCACAGAGAAGGGCGGGAUGGUGGCCAUUGUGACACUCAUGUGCGUGGUUCUGAUAGUACUGGUGACUUUCUGCACUUGCUGUCUGAAGAACAAGAAGAUGAGGACUAUGCGCUGUUCUAGCUGUGGGAGAAAACCGAUCACUGCACCAUUUACUGGAAAUAUUCAGAAAGAAAAUGUUUAUUAUGAAAUACUCUUAAAGGGAAAUCCUCCUAAUAUGACAGUCAACCAUGAGAACAAGGACGUCAUAGAAAGGAGGGAGACAGUGGUAAACACCAUCUAUGCCACAGCGACCAAUCCAUCCAUGGUUCCAGUCGAUAACUAAAUGCUCUGAGGUCCAGUCUACAGUACAAGAAAUGAUUGUAUGAUAAAUGAUCCUGACCUCGAUGUAUGGAAAUCCACUAUGGUGAGGAGACCAGAUGCCUGAAGAAAACAGACUAGGAGGUGCUCUUCAAUAGUCCAGACUGCAAGAAAGCUUGAUGCACUAUUCCAGUUAGUAUAUCUACCUUGGCUGAUUGGAUAAGAGAUCACAUGGCCUACACCAGGGGAGGUUUAGAAGAAAGAGGCUGCAGAAGGACCACUUGAAGCCUCUCCGCCAGCAGAAUGGUAAUACAGACAUUUGAAUACAGAGAAUAUUGAAUAACUGAAAUAGAAAAUAGAUUUUAAAAAAUGGUUUCUACACCCCAACAUAUUCAUCAUAUGAAGAUAUCAUAACCCAUCUAUGACAUAGAGAGCACCAAAAACGUUUGCUGGCCUUACACCCUUAUCUGCUUGUACUGGGAACAUACCCUAUAAUAAUGAAUGGCAGCUUUAUCCAUAAAUCUGAUUUUAGUAAACUAUUAUUUUUUACCAUGAA